UCGUUUCGGUGCAACGACAGCGACAAAAGCGAAACGGUAAUAAUAAAAUAAUAUCCGAUCAUGAAAACGUGUCAAAUUGUCGCCGUGUUGAGCGCGAUGGCCGUUUGCGCCGUGGCCGUGCCCAUCUUCGUCGACGGCGGGCCCAGGUCGAGCGUGGCCGAAUCCGGAGAAUCAUACGCGCCCAAAGACUACAAGUUCGACUACGCGGUGCACGACCCGGAGACGUACGACGUGAAGAGCCAAUGGGAGGCCAGAGAGGGUGAGGUGGUCAAGGGCGCGUACAGCGUGCUCGAUCCCGACGGUGCCAUGAGGCUGGUCGAGUACACGGCCGACCCCGAGUCCGGAUUCAACGCCGUGGUCAGCAGAUCUGACAGCGGAAACACCGGCUACAGAAAGCCCAGCAACGACGCUUUUGACUUCUGAGCAAAACCGCAACCCCUGCCACUGCCCCACACACGCAAUUUUUUGUUAUACAUUUGAUCGCCUCCCCUCCUCUCGCCCCCCCCCCUUUACCCGUCCGCCCCACUUGGGACGUCAUACACGUUUCAUGUAUCGUGCGUGUUGUAUAAUAAUAGUUAUUAUUUCUUAAGCGUGUGUGAUUUUUUUUAUACAUAUAUAUAUAUAUAUAUUUUUUUUUUACUGUUUUCCAAAUCGUCAUUGAAAAUAAAAUAUAUUAAAUAAGAAAUUCUAACAAAACCGCGACGGAGUCGUAAUUUAUUGUUUUCCAAUCCAAACUGUAAUAUAAUGUAUUUAGUGUCGGCCGAUAUCAUCACACGAUUACUUAUUAUAUUAUAUUAUUGUGCACUGCGAGUCUGCUCUGAUCCCCUCCCCCCCCCCAAAAAAAAAAAACACCGAUAUCUGGACAAUGUCGUUUUGCGCACAAAGUGAACGUGAUUGCGACUUGCGAUUAUGUAAACAACCGAAGCCGGUGAAAUCGUUUUCACGUGGUACUACAAAAAACGGAUUAAAUAAAUAAACAGCGAAAAUAUCUAGAUCAGACAUUUUGUAUUUAUAUAACUAUUUUGU